AUGGUACAAGAAAUUGAAAAAGAUGAGACUAUAGUGAAGAAGAAUAUUAGUGAGAAACCAACAACGAAGAAAGAUAACCUUCCUGUGUAUCAACCUCCAUUACCGCAUCCUCAAAGAUUCCUAAAAAAGAAACGUGAUGAGCAAUUUGCCAAGUUUUUAGGGAUAUUCAAGAAGAUUAACAUCAACAUUCAAUUUUUUGAUGCUCUUGAGGAAAUGCCCAAUUAUGUUAAGUUUGUGAAGGAGGUUUUGUCAAAGAAAAGAAAGUUUGAAGAUUAUGAGACUGUGAAACUUAUAGAGGAAUUUUUUAAGAAGUUGGGUCUUGGGGAGGUAAAGCCUACAACAAUUAUUUUGCAACUUGCUGAUCGUUCUUUUACAUACCCACGUGGAGUUAUAGAAGAUGUCUUAGUUAAAGUGGAUAAAAUUGUAUUUCCUGUUAAUUUUGUGGUGUUGGAUAUGGAGAAGGGCCAUGAGAUUCCAUUGAUUAUUGGUCUCCAUUUCUUAGCAACUGGUGGAGCACUUAUUGAUGUACAAGAAGGUCAUUUGACAUUGCGAGUUAAUGAAGAGAAGGUUCGAUUUUAUAUUUACAAAAGUGUGAAUUGGCCAGUAACUAUGAAUACUUGCAGAGGAUUGAAUCAUUCUCUCUUUUAG